AUGUAUUGUUGCGCGUAUUAUGGUAUUAGCGCUGCACCCAAUAAAUUAAUGUCGGCGCGACUUUACCUCGCUUAGGAUUUCUAGUUCAUUUCCUCAACCUUCUAAUGGCUCUUUCAGGGUCGAAGGAGUUCAUCGAUAUGCUGCUAGCUCGGGAAUUUACAAGUGCUGAUGAUCAGGUACUUAUUAUGAAUGGUUGUGAUGUUAGUGGACAUAGUUUUAAAGAGAAUGGUUUCGCAAAACCCGUUUUGGUACGAUCAAAAGACGGUUUAAGAAUUAAGGUCCCGCUAGACUCAUUCUCUCAUACAGAUUUAACCAGGUUUAUAGAUCCUAGUAUCCAGGUUGAUGUCAUCGAUGUUCGUCAGCAAGUCGAGAUACAAAUGACGCUCCAAGAACUGGUUGACCACUUUUCCUCACCUCGUCGACAGGUAUUGUUAAACAUGCUGAGUCUGGAGUUUUCAAGAACCAGCCUGGCAAAGUUUGUACAUCCUCCGCAUGUCGUUUCGGAACUUAGUCUUGUCACAACCUGCUGGCCGGAAGAUGACCCUAACGACCUUAAAGAUGUCGAAUUUAUCGGCGAGACUGCACCAACUGUCCAGAAAUACUGUCUUUUAAGUAUGAAAGGCAGUUAUACUGACUUCCAUAUAGAUUUCGGUGGAUCAUCUGUCUGGUACCAUGUUAUGUGGGGUGAAAAAGUGUUUUAUUUGAUGCCGCCUACACCCGAAUUCGUUUCUGCUUAUUGGCGAUGGUGUAUGAGCAGCGAUCAUAGGGCGACAUUCUUCCCAGACUUUGUUGCUAGUCUUCGGGAGAAAGAAUCGACUAGUAACGUAAAUAGACCCACAGUUUACUGCCUUCAUAUUUUACCCGGCCAAACAAUCUUCUUGCCAUCUGGUUGGAUCCACGCUGUUUACACGCCUUCUGACUGUCUAGUUUUUGGAGGAAAUUUCCUGAGUGGAUUGCAUGUAUCUAUGCAGCUCAGAAUUUAUCGCAUGGAACAAAAAUGUAAAACUCCAAUGAAAUUUCUGUUCCCUAAUUUUGAGAAGGUUCACUGGUUUUAUAGCCAAUGUCUCCUGGACAGACUAACUAACAACUUAACUGAUGGCGAAAAUCCCGUUAUUUUCGACGUAGAGGCGGCUGAAUGCUUGGCUAAAGUUCUUCCUUUGUGGUAUUCUAAAAGACAUAUGCUCCCACCAGAAGAAAGAGAUUACUUUCUUCCGAAUCAAAGUCAGUUAGACAUGUUAUGUCCAAGUCUCAUUGAAAGACUGUCUGAGGUCGUAAAUUCAAUAUUAUCACAUUCAACGAAAAACUCAGGUUUUUUAGCAGAUUAUUCCAAAUCAGAAAUAUUUUCAAAGCAUUCCAAAUCUAAUGGACGAGCAAUUGAAAGCUGCUCAAAUGCUAAAAGUAUAGAAUGUUUGAACCGUGAGUUAGGUAAGGAAACUAAAUGGGAACUUAAAGAUAGACAUUUUGGAGGUCUAGGCUGGAUGCCAAAUAGACAAACUUAUUCCAAAAAUUUACGUGAACCAAAGAGCUUGAUAAAAGGAAAUGAGAACGAAAAACAUGUGAUUACUGAUGAUGUAGAUAUCCUUGAAGCACUACCGGGUUUGGAAAAAAGUCGAUUAAUCGGAGACCAUUAUUAUUUGACAUUAAGUGACUCAGAAGGUGAUGAUGGCGACAACGUUAGGAUGAAAUCAAAAGCCCAAUGUUCGCUAACAAAAAAACAGAAGGGGAUAUCUACUCUAUACCAAGCAAGUAGGAAGAGAAAAACUAAGAAUAAUGAUGAUGAUCCAACUUGGAGUAUGCCUAGUCCUACGCGUCGCAGGUUUGGUACAACUGAAUGGAAGUCAAAGAGUUCAAGACUUGUUGUUUCUAAUUUAAAAAGAGAUAAGAAGUCAUUGGUAAAUGCUUCUAGUGUUUAACUAAUAUAAUUUUUGACUAUUCAACGCUAUUUCCUAUCCACAAAUGAUACUGUUGGGACAUAUUUAAACUAGUCUAGAUCAUGUAAUAAUUAAUUUGUUAGUAAAUAUCCAAGCUCUAUUUCCUGUUGUUAUCAUUGUUUGGUUUUAUAAACACUAAGUAUGACAAAAGCAAUAUAAGCUGUAAAUUUAUUAAACUAGUCAAGGUAUUGAGGUUAUCUAACACUCGACCCACUUAACUAGUAUUUUUAGUUUGAUGAACUUGACAACUUGAGGUAACCCAUUCAGAGUUCUUUAUUCUUUCCAAUUCCUUUUCAUCCUUUUUUAGAACAUGAUGAGUCAAUGAUUACAACUGACCACAUUCAGGCGGUUACUCUGUGUUAUGUUGUUGAGAUGUAGCCUAUUCACUGUUGAUGUUUUUUCAAUAUUCUUCACUUGUUUUAGCCUGUUUUUGAGAACUUAUCACUAAAUCCUCUAUUGUCGUGGCUACUAUCAAACUGCUUAUUCUAAUAAGUUUAAACAGUUAAGAAUCGUCUAUUACAGUUUCUUAUGCAUUAGAGUGGCUACACAAUUCACAUGAACAGUCACAAGGAAACCCCUGUUAUAUUCUCCAGAAACCCGUCAACUCAGUCCCCAACAAAUAAAAAACAACGAACGAAUUUUUUCAAAACCUCUACAGGCGAUAACAGUAAAAAAUACGUUGAUACUUAUAGAGAAAUCAGAAGUGUACUUGAGAACUAUCCAAUAGGAGCACGAGUUGAAAAACACCAGCUUCAAUUCAAUAGUACACAUGCGCCCUAGGAUCCUAAAGAAGCAAAUUGCUUAUGAGCCUGCUUUUUCUUUUCACUACCAUGAUACUACACAUCCCUUCAUUGCUCUAUCUUUUUAUGGGUUAGGCCUUUACGUUAAAAGGUUUAGAGAAUGGUCGUAUCUCAUAAUCAGUAUCAUAGUCUGCAUAACAUUAGGAAUUUAAAAAAAUAUCUUUUUCAAAAAGUUUUGAACAAGAAAGAACAACUAAGCUAUUCUGUAGAAUAUAUUCUUGUAUUUUUAAUCCGAAGUCUCGUGUGAAUUUUUAAUGGUAUCUGAAUUAACAUAGUAUGUUUGAUCAAGAACACUUUAUUUCUCAAGUUACUUAUCUUCACUGUGGUUAAUCGUAGCAUGAUAUGGUUAUAUACAUUAAUGUUUAUUAUUUACUAAGUUAAUGGUUGUAUGGAUUAUCGACUAAUAAAUUAUUUCAAUAGUUGGGAUCAUGAGUCAAUUGAAGCUAGACCACCAUAGUAAACCUGGAAGCACUGGACCGUUUCGUCCUAUUGUGGGACUCCUCAGUAGUGUGCACCUGCGAUCCCACCUUGCGAGAUUCGAACCCAGGCGCGGUCGUGAAUACGCACUGCUAAGAAGUCUCACAAUAGGACGAAACGGUCGGCCAGUGCUUUCAGGCUUACCUUGAUGGUCUAGCUUCAAUUAACUCAUGAUCUCAACUAUUGAAAUUACCAUACUAUCCACAAAGACCUAUUCUGAUAUCAAUAGAUUAUUCUUUAAAAUGUUUAUAUUCCUUUGAGUAUUUUAUAAAAUUUUAUUUAUUAAAACAAUGCAGUAGUGCAAACUCUCCGUGUGCAUGGAAUGCAUGACUUUUUGUUAUGGAACACUUCACUUUUCAUUUAUUUUCUACAGCACCCUCUACUCAGUGAAGUGAAUCCAUCAUCAUCAGGCUCGAGUGCUUUAAAACCCAGAGAUUCUUCAACAUUGCGUCCGCAUAUGACAGUAAAAACACAAAAACCACGAACUAAACGCAAUACAACAGUUAGACAACGUCUUGCUAAACGUUUAGGUAUUUAAUUCAUUUUAGCAAAGCAUGGAUGUUAUUUAUUUACAUAUUGUCUAUUUGUAUGCUUAUCAAUCACAAGUUUACUAAUAUUAUUCAUUACUAUCAGUGGUAACUCUAAUUUUAUACUUUUUUCUACCUACAUAUAUAAAGUGAAUUAUUUGGACCGUAUAGAUUUGUAAAAUUUAUUUCCUCUCUACUAACGAUAUCUAUAUACAUGUAUACAUAUACACACUCAAGUUAGCAAUUCUUAUCCGAAUGUAGUAUAAUAUGGUCGUGAUCUAAGGAAUUUUUCAAAUAACUUCAGUUUUAUUAUUGUUAUUACUAACUGUAGUAGCGGUAUUACUAUUAACAAGUGCAGCAUACUUAUCAUGCAUACAAUGACCUUUUUUUAACCAUAUUUCAAAUAGUUCUUCUGAGUUAUUUUUUAUUCUUAUUUGUUCACUAAUAAUGCCAUUCAAUUUGUGUCCCAUACUUUUAUCUCCUUAUUUUAGUUAUGUUUUAAAUUUGAGAAAUGUAAACUUUAAUUGCAUUUAUGUAUAAUCAUGCUGAUUAUGAAAUAGUUAAAUAACUGACUGUUUCCCUCCAACUUCAUCCAUUUCUUCGUGUAAUUUCAUUAAUUCCACCUCAUCAUUAUUCACAUAUCUCAUCC